UAUGAACAUAGUGUCACACAUACUGACCUAUUUUGAACCAUCUAUAUUUAGUAGGGUCUAUUGAUCGUCUACCCGGAUAUAUUUCGCAAUAUUUUAAGUUUUGAAAUAUCGGAUAUUUACUAUUUAUACACGUACAGCUGCGUGGUAUAUAAAGAGGUUUUAAGCAGUCAAGAUUUCGGUCCAUCCCCAGACAAUUGAAAUGGACGGCCAAGGAGGCUACCAACGUACGGAACCGUAUCCAGCCCAAACUGGUAAAACUCAUGGUGGUGAUCGUGCAGUGGAACAAGAUGGCGACAUUGGUUGCUGCGGUUACAUUCUGAUGGGCUUCUCCAUCCUCAUCAUGAUCAUGUUUUUCCCAUUCUCCCUGUUCUGCGCCCUCAAGGUGGUUCAAGAAUAUGAAAGGGCCGUCAUUUUCCGACUGGGUCGUGUUGUGUCGGGAGGUGCCAAGGGGCCAGGGCUGUUUUUCCUGUUUCCAUGUGUGGAUUCAUUCAAGAACGUGGAUAUUAGAACAUUUUCCUACGACAUCCCACCCCAAGAGAUCCUGUCACGAGACUCAGUAACAGUUGCUGUGGAUGCCGUAAUCUACGCUCGAAUUUUCGAUGCCACCAUGUCCAUUAUCAACGUUGAGAAUGCCCAUGCGUCGACAAAACUGUUGGCUGCCACCACCCUCCGAAACGUCUUGGGAACGAAAGUGCUCUCGGAAAUUCUCAGCGACAGGGAGAGCAUUGCUCACACCAUGCAGGCGACCCUGGAUGAGGCCACAGAUCCUUGGGGAGUCAAGGUGGAGAGAGUUGAAGUGAAGGAUGUGCGACUUCCGGUCCAGAUGCAAAGGGCCAUGGCUGCAGAGGCCGAAUCAACUAGAGAUGCCAGGUCCAAGGUCAUUCUCGCUGAUGGUGAAAUGAAGGCGUCCCGAUCACUGAAGGAGGCUGCUGACAUCAUGAGCGAGUCCCCGGCCGCCAUGCAGAUCAGAUACCUCCAGACCCUUAACUCCAUCGCAGCCGAACGCAACUCUACCAUCAUAUUUCCGCUGCCCAUCGACAUGCUUACUCAGAUGGUUAAGAAAUAGAGGAAAUAUGAAUUUUGAGAAAUUUGGGAUGUACUCCUUCAAGUGUGUCCAACCUUACUUUGAAACUUUUGCUACCUUAUUUCACCAACAGUGCUAGGGUUUGGGAUGUUUUAAGAUUAAGAUGUACAUUUCUAGUGUAGAUGUUGUAAAAUAAGCAUUACUAUUCAUGAUGUUUUUAAAUGAGAGUAUAGUUUGUAUAACCUACCUUUUAAGCAAGGAUUUAAUAAGAAAUAGCAAAAAAGAAUGAGAAAAAAAUUGACUUAACGGUUCAAGUUAGCUGUAGGUUUGUGUAAUACUAAAAGAAAGAACCUUUUUUUCAAAAGAAUUUCAAAUCACUAUCAAUGUCUCAGAAGGUAUUGAAUAAACUGUAGAUAUAUUUUUUUACUUUUAAAAUGAUGUAAAAUAUUGUACAAUAUUCUUAAUGAGUAGUUUGAAGUUCUUGUUUUAAUUGUUAUGCGUACUUUAAAUUUACCUGUUUUUAUUCAUCAAACAGAGUUCCUUGCGCUUAUCUUCGAGAGCAAUGUUUUUGUUGGUAUUUAUUUAUUGUAACCAAAAGAUAUUCUAUUUGUUGUUAUAAAAUACUUUUUCUAUGAUAUUAUAACUAAUAGUCUCCAUUUUCCAUAUUGCUAACUAAUCAGACAUUGUUACAUACUGGUAAGUUUCCUUUUUUGUUGUACAAGAUUACUUUAAUACACCAGUUUCUCUUUCUCAUUUGAGUGUAAAAAACAUUAUAGGUAUGAAUGUAUUUCAAAAAUCAAAACACAAGUUUCUGAACAUUUAUUUCCAUACAUAUUCAGUAAAAAUCUUUUUAAAAAAUAAAAAAAAUGUCUGUACAAAUAUUUUUCACUCAAUGCUUUGUACAGUGUUAUUUUGAUUUAUUUUAAAUGGUGGACAUACAUAUCAAAACUGAUUACAUUCCAGCAUUUGUUGAAAAUCCUUAUUCAUAGUUACAGAACUAUUUUGUAUAAUCUUUGGUGUGAAACUGUUGUAAACUUUAGUUGAAAAAAAAAUAAACGUUUACGUUAA